AUGGAUCUCGAGACUGCAAAGAGGUUUUUCAAUGAACACACUGAAAUGUUGGCCGUGGCUACCUCCAGUGUAAUUGUCGGUGCCUUCAUAUGGUACCAAACCAGUGACACUUACGAGGCCGAUUGGGUCCAAGCCUGCAAAGAUCCCACCAAUGGCAAUAUGGAACAAUGGCUUCAAGACCAUCCAGGUAUGGUCAGUUAUGCGGAAGACUUUGAAUUCGGAGCCUUCAGCGGAAUGGUGUGUCGCCAAACGCAACUUUACUACCAGCUAAAUGAAUACAAUGCCAGUGCCAUUGCUAUGAUGUUGUCGGCAACCACCUCCAUGCCAUUGCUCAUGGCAAUGUUGUUGGAAGCUGGACGUGGGGAUGCUGGAGGUGCAUUGAAAAUGCCAUUGAUUUUUUGGAUCUUGAGUCAGGAAUUUGGUUUGGCCGUCGUUUUCCCUCUACUGUGGUUACCGCUCUACUGUGCCUAUAAAGGCGAACCCAAGAGUGCCAUUAACCCCCUUCGAGUCUAUGCUUCCUUGCCCUUGGUGCUGCCUCAGUUGGUUUUGACAAUUUUGAUAUUUUACCUCAAUCCAGGAAGUUCCGGUUGGUCGAAUUGUGUCGGAUUAUUGGCGGGGCCAAUCUUUUCUGGAUGCAGCAUGCUGUUGAGUUUGAUUGGAGAUCCAUCGACCGAAGAAACAAAGGAAAAGAAGGAAAUUGCUACAACUUCACGGCGACUAAUGGCGUUGAUGUAUGGAGCUGCUGGCCUCUUGUCAGUCGCUACGUGGCUCUGGUUGCUCUUUUUCAUGAUCAUACCGGCUUUUGGAUGGUCUUCUAUCCAAGGCGUCUGUGACGAAUUAUGGACCAAUGCACCAACCAAGCUAAGCUACAAGUCUCUGGAACUGUUGGCUCUCUGGUUCUCGGGUCUCGUUUACAUUGGGGUCCAGUCCGGGUCCCCACAAGCGGUCAUCGAAGCCAUGUCAAUUAGCGCCGUCUUUGGACCUGGGGCUGGACUUUGCUCGGCACUUGCGGGUGUUGCUGUAAGCGAAGAUAUGGAAGCCAUUGAAGAGGCCAAACGAAGAGAGCAGGACAAGAAGAGCAAGAAAAAGGGCAAGAAGGAAUGA